ACGUAUAUAAACAUAUGCGCUGCAAAAUAAUAUUUGGAAGUAUGAAAUCAUUUCAUUGCCCCGAUAUUCGAAGACCUAAGAAUGCCCCGACUAGCUCGAUAACAACACAGUGUUUUUAUUUUCUUUAUUAUAAUGUCGAUGUUUAGAGAACCUUUUCAACAUCAGUGUUGUUGUUCAGGCACGAUUUAUUAAUUUUGGUGCGACAGAAAGUUUAACUCCACCCUGUUGAAGCACCUUGGGGUGCACAAUGUUUUGUCACAUCACACUACAAUGUAGGAAAGGAAAACAUUAUUUCUGAAUGUGGUGAAAUAACUCCAGAAAUGUACAUGGAACAAGUCAAAUGCUAAUGUCAUAAUGUUAUUAUGUGAAAUCAGUUUGGUGGCACAGUGAAUAUUACAAAAAUGAAAUAAUAAACACAUUCGUUCUCAAUUUAUUUGUGCCAACUUUAGUCUUUUGGUCAAAAUGUUAAGAUUUCGUCCCAAAUUAGGGAGUGAGCGUAACAGCGAAUGGCGCUGUUGCUUCUGUCUACAUGUGCGCACAGGCACCAUUCUCUUGGGUACAUGGCACCUCAUGCUGCACCUCAUAGCGUUAGGAUUCCUAGCUGCUAUAGUGCGUGAUCCCCGACUACUUGACGAGCUGGAGCGGGACUCUGCCCCUGUCCCGAACUGGAGUGAUGUAGCGCGAGGCAAUGAAGCUAUCCCUACGCCUCUCUCCAACGUUGAGCCUCCACCAAGCUCGUUCCCGCAACAUGUUGAACCACCAAGAGAUCACAGCCUCAUAUAUCAUGAUGUGGAUGUGGGUGCACUGGUUACAGUGUGUACCCUGGCCAUCACAUUCAUGCUGAUCUACGGAGCCGCGCUCGGCAAGCCCGCCCAUCUACUUCCUUUCUUCUGUCUUCAGAUCUUCGACUUUGCUAUCACUGUGUAAGUUGUUUUACCAUAA